UUUCAACUUUGUGCAUUUCCAGUUAUUCCACCAUGACCCGUUUUAAUUGACCCCAAUGAAAUGACGAUGAUGUCGGAACUAAGUAUCUCGAUGACUUGUUCACUCCGGAACAUAAACAUGAGCGUCGCGAGGAAAAUGAUGAUUGAGUGAAAGUAAUUUGCGACCUGGUGGGAGAGCCUGUGGCUUCAGAAGGAUAUGAAGUCUCUGAAGUUUGGUUGGCUCCUCCUCCUCCUCAUCACCCUCUCUUUGCUGCUCUGGUACAAUCACGUAAGCAAAACAGGAGAAGUAGAUCUGGGACUUCGUGGCUACGUGAGAAUUUCAUCUGGCAUCAGGUCAAGUUCACGUUACCUGGCGCUGCGCUGUGCCGGCUGUGCCGUGGUCUCCAGCUCGGGCCAGGUGCUAGGCAGCGGAUGUGGGCGUGAGAUUGACGGGCAUGAAUGCGUGAUCCGCAUGAACGCAGCGCCGGCACGUGGCUUUGAGGCGGAUGUGGGCAAUAGGACGACUGUCCGAGUCGUCUCGCACUCCAGUGUGCGACGCCUGCUGCACCAUGAGGCCUUUUUCUUCCAGCAAGAGGCAAACACACGCUAUGUGGUUUGGGGACCUGAGCAGAACAUGAGGCACGACGGCAAGGGACGAGUGUUCAAUAUGAUUGCCAAAAUGGCAUUGAAAUACCCAGGUGCACACAUCUAUGCUGUGAGCAGGGAGAAGAUGAUGCAGUGUGAUCGCAUCUUCCAGAAUGAAACCGGAAAGAACAGAAUGAAGUCGGGUGCAUUCCUCAGCACCGGAUUUUUCACUAUGAUUUUUGCUCUGGACGUGUGCGACAGCGUUAAUGUUUACGGGAUGAUCGAUGGCUCAUAUUGCGGCCUCGCCAAUUACUCUUCGGUGCCGUAUCACUAUUACGAGCCGUAUCGUCUGGACGAGUGCGGCAUGUACAAAGUGCACGAGCGUGCACGGAGAGGCGGCCACCGCUUCAUCACAGAGAAACAGAUCUACAGACGCUGGGCAUCGCAGGGAAAAUUAAAAUUCCAAUAUCCGACAUGGUGAGCUGAACAAGAACCCAGACACCUCUGUGCUAAGGAAUAGCACGCUUCGGGUCCUACCUCGAACUGCCGUAAGACAUCCGGAAAAGAUGACGGCGAAAACCAACAUGGGAACUGUGGUCAUGUUACGUUCAUUCGAAACCAUUUCAAUAUUUAUCCAUUUCAUCUAGUUAAGCUUUUGAUUUAGUGAUGAUUACUUACAGCAGCUAGUCUGUUUGUUUGUUUUUUUUUGUUCCUGAUUUCAUAAGGAAGCCCAAAGGGGAAAUCAGCAGUUGUUUUCUUUUGCAUAGUAUUCUUUCAAGGCUGUGCUGUGUUGUUAGGCCAUGUGAGAUCACAUGAGACGACGUCACGUUGCAGGAGUCGUCACUGAAUGAGAGGAGCUACAUGAUGAUGUGGUUAUAUGAGGUUGCAUAAGGCUACGCUUGAUAGUUUCAUAGGGCCUUGUGAACUUGUACAGCUUUUCCACCACCAAGUGCUAUGGUUACUACUCUGAAUCCAGAUGUGUAUGUUCCAGGAUCGUGUGUGUGUGUGUCUCAUCUGUAAACAUGAGAGUUCUCUGUUGGACGUGAGGUUGUGACUUAGAAACGCAUCAAGAGGCUUUUGCCCCUCAGUAAAUAUAGUAAACGAGCCAGUCGACAUGUGAGUACGGAACGAUCGGCAGUUGUGCAGGUGUUUUGAACUCUCCAGUCCUAGCCCCACCGCCUUCGUGUGACACGCGUUAGUCCCGCGUCCUCUCGGUUGCCACCGCUUUCUCUCAAGGUAAAUGGAGAAGGUUUCGUGUACGUCGGUGUGAAAUAUAAUCAGUCAGUGUUUGUUCAACUUAGCCAACAGUCGCUAUAUACUACAGAGUGUCCCGAAAGUCUCCACGCAUAGCGACUAUGUACGCUAGUACCAUGUCGGUCGUGCCUUCGUCAGUAGAUCUUCCGGUCUUUAUUGAAUUUGUUAAUAAGUUUGUCAACAGUGUCGUGUGAGUCAUGAGAACGAACUAAGUAUGAAAACUUUUCGAAGGCAUUUAGGAAAAAAAAAAAAAGCAUCCUCCUUUAUUUCCUCUACGUAUGGAGAUUUUUGGGAAAUGCACAAAAGGCUGAUCGUGGAAUCUUUACCCAGAUGCUCUUGCUAACUUUAAGUGCCAACACAGGAAAACAGGGAAUUACACACUGCUGCUUUAAUCUUUUUUUUUCCUUUCCCCCUUUUCAGAUUUAACAUCAGUAUUACUAAAAGCAAGCGCUUUCCCCUUUGAAAGCCUUGAACUGCAUACGGACUAUUGCAGCGUGAUAAUGUUUACAGACCGAUGACUGUCUUUCAGGUCUGAGCGACAACAUAUUCAACAUAAAUAAUAUAUCAUUAGUAUUAUUAUUAGUACAGGCCCUUUAAAAUGCUGUCACUACUCCUGCGUCUCGUCCGGCAGGAAUCUGGACAGGACUUUUGCUCCGGGCCGAGGAAUACGUUUACAGAAGUGAACCGCGUGUGUCGUAGCUCUCAUGAAAUCUUUCCCA